CUGUGCAAGCAGAGUAACCAACUAAAAGAAUCCACAACUGAUCGAAAUGGAAACAGAUACAUUUGAUUUACAGUCAGAUUUCAGUUUGUAGCUUUGAAGAGGUUAUUCGUUACAAAGGGAUCCUUUCUUCAAUGCCAACAAAACUGAGAAAUUUAACUAUAUUCAAAAUCCAUCGCUGGUCACACACAGCCAACAGACUUGGCUGAAGGAGGGACGACGAUGCCCUUGGACCAACUGCAGAAGACAAUCCAUAACCCGGUUAUUCCAUAUACUGGGGCAAUCCUUAGUGGUCUUCUUCCUGGAGAACUAGUUGUAAUACAGGGAAGUGUUCCUGAUGAUUCCGACAGGUUCCAGGUAGACUUCCAAUGUGGCAGUAGCACAAAACCUCGUGCUGAUGUGGCCUUUCACUUCAAUCCCCGCUUCAAAAGAUCAGGCUCCAUAAUCUGUAACACUCUGGAAAAAGAAAGAUGGGGUUGGGAGGAGAUCACUUAUCAGAUGCCUUUUCAAAAAGGGAAGCCAUUUAAGAUUGUCUUUAUGGUUUUGAAGGAUAAAUUCCAGGUGUCUGUAAAUGAAAAACAUUUGCUGCUGUACAACCACAGAGUUAACCUGGAAAGAAUAGAUACACUCGGGAUAUAUGGGAAAGUACAGAUUCAGACUAUACAGUUUGUUUCUAAUAACUCUUUACAAGGCUCUCAGCCAUCAUCUUUAGGAAUAACAAAGAUAAACUCAGAAAAUGGAGAAGUGCCUGAUGGUUCACAACUUGUGGUUCCUUACAUUGCAAGGCUUAAUUCUGCACUUCGUCCUGGGCGGACAGUUGCCAUCAAAGGAGAAGUGAAUAAAAACCCAAACAGCUUUGCUGUUAAUCUAAAAUCAAGUGACUCAAAGGAUAUUGCACUGCAUCUGAAUCCCCGAAUGAAAACAAAAGUUUUCGUGAGAAAUUCCUAUCUUUCUGAUAGCUGGGGAGAAGAAGAAAAAGAUGUCACUAAUUUCCCUUUCAGCCCAGGAAUGUACUUUGAGUUGUUAAUUUUCUGUGAUGUUCAUCAGUACAAGGUUGCUGUAAAUGGUGUGCACAUCCUGGAGUACAAGCAUCGAUUUAAACAGCUUGAAAAGAUCAACAUAUUGGAGGUUACUGGAGACAUUCAGUUACUGGAUGUGAGGAGCUCGUAGCAUCAUAUUCUUCCACCCUAUGUUAACCCUCUGUUGCCUUCUACUCAAGUACAAACUGGUAUUGAAUAACCCAGAUCCUUGUCCCAUUUAUCCAAGUUUCUGUAUUGGUGCUUAUCACAAAGUUGAGCCCCAGGAGUCAAAAUCCUAUUAGAUUAGAUCUUCCCCAGUUUUCAGUAUCUUGGCAAACUAAAGUCACAUUAUCUGCUUCAGUAGGCAUAGAUCUCCUGUUAUAUGAAGAAUUAAAUUACUGUACCUAACAAUAUAAAGAUUUGCUUUAUAGUAUUAGAAUAACUGCAAAAUAUUUUGUAAAUAAAAACACAGAAUGCUGUACUAUGGAAUACUAAUAACUAUAAAUUCAAUAUUGUCUGUUAAGAGCUGGACUGAAAUAUGAUCUGUGUAUCUGAAAAUGGACUGUCAACCUCUUAAGGGAUCUAAUCAAGUUCUAAGUAUAUUUUAACCCUUAUUGUUUAUAAGCAAAGUUAAAUGGGAAUUACAUAAGGAAAGAAUAUAUUCUAAUUUUAGGGAGAGCACAUCUGCAGUCUCAUUGCUUUACUCUGGUUUUUAUGUUAAUAUAACUUGAAAUUAGUUAUAUUAACCAGGGUAAACCUAGAAUAAUGCUAUGAUGAAUCAGAACCCUGCUAUAUUAAACUAGUGAAUGUUAGUGUUAGUGCUAUAUCUUGAAAAGGUGUUUCAGCCCCAAACCUAAAACAUCUAACUGAAGUUACCUCUCAGCAUGUCAGCUGUAAUUUUUUGAAAACAAAACUAAAACCAAAACACCCUCCCUGGGGGCCUAGUGAUUUUAUUUUUUUAUCUAUUGCACUGCAGCACAGAUGCUGUAAGCCACUUCCUUGACUUUCAUAGUCACAUCAGCUCCUGCUCCUAAGUGGCAUAAGUCAAGCCCAUAGAAAACCCCCUGGCCAUUAUGGUGGAAUUCUGUAAUUUUAGCUGAGAUCAAAGUGAAAUAACGCUGUCCUCUAUUUGGUUGAUUUUGCUAUGUCUUAUCUUGUCAAUUUUUGGAGCUGCAGUAUUAUAGAAGAGAUUCUAAAAAAAGAGCUCUUAUCUUCCUUUUUGAUUCAGGUUGCUCAGGAAUAGAAGUAGUUAUAUCUGUGUUAUUUAAAGGGUGUGGACCCAUGGACGCUAUGCAUUAAAUCUGAGCUCAGAGAACAUAUUCAACAUGUUGAUAGUCAAGAGUGCUCACCUACUACCCCAUUGACUAAGUUGCACUAUAAUAUGCUAUCAAACAAACAUUUUGUAAAAAAUACUGAUUAGCAUAUACAUGGACCCCCUGAUGCCAACAUCAUUAACAUGUCCCUGAGGAAGUCUUUAUAUCAGGGGUCGGCAACGUUUGGCACGCGGCUCGCCAGGGUAAGCACCCUAGCGGGC